AUGUCCCCCCCUCAGUCCUCGAUCCUCGAAUGGAUUCAUGAUUCGGAUGACAAGGGCCACGUUUGGUCCUUCACAUUCACUCUGUUGCAGCUUAACCUAUACACGGAUUUCUUUGAGCAGCUCCUACUCUGCGAAGUGCUAGACGAGGACCACGUGCUAUCACGCAAGGUGAUCGAUCCGCUCAGGGCCGAUAUCCGCGACAUCUUUCUGCUUUCGCGCCAUCCAAACCCUGAUAGCAACGCCCCGACCGAGGCAGUGAAGAUUAAGGGCGGCGAUCUCGCAUUGCUUAUUUUAGAGGCUCUGGAGAAGAUAGCUUCUGUCGAGGAAAACGAGGUGGUUCAAGAAGGAUGGGUAGCCUCCGAAGUGUCCGAUUGGAAUACCAUCUUGGAGAACCCGGUCGGUCUCGACCCAAGCACUGUCGUAGACACGGCGCCCCACUUCCUGAGGCGCACGCCGAAGCAGAUCGCCGGAGACUUGCCGUCUUGGCUGCGUGUUGUCCAUAUCGAGUCCAUCAUGCGGCAAGAUCUGGCUCGGGGCUUUGUAAACUACCAGACGAGGUUGCGAGAGAAGCUCGAGGGUAUGGACGUGUCUGAUCUGCGUGGCAAGCUGCCGCCACACAGGGCGCUCGCCCGCCGUGUCUUGUCCAUCAUCUCCAAGGAGGAUCUGAUCGACGAGAUGGUCAAGCCGCGCGUGACAUACUACGGAACGCCCCUGUCAAGUGUCAGCUAUAUCCUCCGGUUUGGAUUCCGAAUGACUGGGAAUAUAGUUGACGGGAAAGUGAUUGCGUCGCCGCGGUCCGGCUUCGUGUUUAACCGUGGCAUCUACAGCUCCGACAGGGCAGGGUACGCCAUGGCUUAUGCCACAGGACAGCGCCAAAGGACUCCCGUGGGCGAUAUUCCCACCAUGAGGCUCUUUGUGUGCGCCACAAUCAUGGGCCGCACCCUCAGCGGGGGAAACGAGGCUGUUGAUCAAAGCCACCCCGUGCAUGGCCCGCUCGUAGAAGGCUACGACAGCCAUUUCGAUGGCGGUUAUGAGUACGUGGCGCACAGCGAGCGGGCCAUGCUGCCCUGCUACGUGGUGCACCUCGACGUGGGCCCAGAAAGAGCGGCUAGCAUGCUGCAAUGGAUAGAAGAGAACAAGCAGCGAGCCAGUAAUGACAAGCCCAAGGUCGAUCCGCGACUCGAGGGCAUGACGAACGAAAAGAACAAGACCCCCGGCGACGUGAAGCGCGAAAAGGAGGCCAAGAAGGCGGCGGCCAUGAAUUGGUUCCCCUACGGUUUUGGCAGCGCGUCCGGUACCAACUUUAUCAUUGAGGAGAUUGGCGAAGUUAGCGACGACAAGGAGGAACACGGCGAGUAG